AUGACUCGUUUUGCGUUCAGAGCAUCAGCUACAACAGAACCUACUUCUACUGACAGCGCCACAAAUACGUCUGACGAAAUGCCAACAAUGGAUGUUACUUGUCCAUCUUCGGCAACCAGCAAUGUGGUUGACAGCGCCAACAACAACAACACGAUUGAGAUUAAUAAUAAUAUGGUCGUCGACAUCAAUAACACCUCUGAUGAGACUUCUUCGAAGGAUGAUGAACCUUACACCGAAGAUAACUCCGUCGAAGAUGAAGAGGAAUACUUGGAGGAUGACGAUGGCGAAUCUACCAAAGGAAAGGGCAAGAAGAAGAGGAAAUCUCACGUCGAAACCAAGCACAGAAAGACCUUCAUGUCCAUUGAUGUUGUCGCCAUGAAAUCAUGCUUGCAUCUCAACCAAAAGGAGGCAGCAAAAAAGCUCAACGUUUCUUUGAGCACUCUCAAAAGAAGAUUUUAUGAGAUGAGACACGAAUUGGGAUGUGACAAAUGGCCCUAUCCUCCACACAAACCAACUGGUGGCUCUGGCAAGAGAAAGCACACUACUGAGUCUUCUGAUGAAGAUGCCAACAUGCCUUCCGAUGAAGAAACCAAUUCCGAUGCAGAACAAGAAGUGUCAUCCUACAGAGCCAAGACAAGGAGACAAUCUGUCUCGACUUCUCUCAACAAGAGAAGAGACUCCAUUCAGGGAGAUUAUGUUUCUCAAGCUCCUCUAGAUGAUGUCACUCAAGACACCAACCAAAGCUACCAAUACGAUUUCAAAUCCGCUAACUCUUAUGAACGUCAUUCCAAAAAGCUCAAAGCCACUCACACUGGCUUCCUUUCCUCUUCUCUCCCUGAGCCAUACAGUAAGCAGCCCUCCACCUCCUCCACUCAGCACGUUCCUCAGCAAGAGAACUCUGAGUUUAUUUUCUAUAAGGACAGCUACGAAGAAGAGAACUCCUCGGAUGGCGAUCAAUCAAGUUCAGCUCCAGAGAUGGUCUCAGACGAUGAGUAUGUCCAAGUGGCUCAGAGAGCCGCCAAGGCCACUGCUGGCAACGUCACAAAGAAGAAGGUCACCUGUGACCUCAACGAGAUCACUAAAAAGACACAAUCUCUCGAAAAUCCUCGUGAGAAGGAGAUUUAUAGUGGUGCAAUUCUAUUGAUGGCCUUCAAGCAACAGCAAAUCCUUUCCAACACCCUCUAA